ACAACCACUCCUGCCACACAACCGGAUUCCUUUCAGCAUUCGCGGGCGUGGACAGCUCCCUCGCUUCGCGCUCGUUGCCUCUGCAGUGAGCUGACUUAUCUGCCAGCAGCGGUCGGCGCGGCACCGGCACCGGGUCCCAGCCGGCGCUCGCGGGACCCGCGCUCCCUCCCUCCCCGCUCCCCGCCCCUCGCCCACCCCGGCCCACUCCGGCGGCGACUUUGAGGGAUUCCCUCUCGGGCGGCUUCUGCAGCAGCACAGCUGGCCUCGUUCGCGGCGCUGCAAGCAUGGAUCUCCGAGGAAGAGCCGUCCCCAGCGUCGACAGACUUGGAGUUCUCCUGAUGCUGUUCCAUACAGUGGCUCAAAUCACGGCAGAACAAGAAGUGGAAAAUCUCUCAGGCCUUUCCACUAACCCUGAAAAAGAUAUAUUUGUGGUGCGGGAAAAUGGGACGACGUGUCUCAUGGCAGAGUUUGCAGCCAAAUUUAUUGUACCUUAUGAUGUGUGGGCCAGCAAUUACGUAGAUCUGAUCACAGAACAGGCCGACAUCGCCUUGACCCGGGGAGCGGAGGUGAAGGGCCGCUGUGGCCCCAGCGAGUCGGAGCUGCAGGUGUUCUGGGUGGAUCGCGCUUAUGCGCUCAAAAUGCUCUUUGUAAAGGAAAGCCACAACACGUCCAAGGGACCCGAGGCGACUUGGAAGCUGAGCAAGGUGCAAUUUGUCUACGACUCCUCUGAGAAGACCCACUUUAAAGACGCAGUCAGUGCUGGGAAGCACACAGCCAACUCGCAUCACCUCUCUGCCUUGGUCACCCCAGCUGGGAAGUCCUACGAGUGUCAAGCUCAGCAAACCAUUUCACUGGCCUCCAGCGAUCCUCAGAAGACAGUCACCAUGAUCCUGUCUGCAGUCCACAUCCAACCCUUUGACAUCAUCUCAGAUUUUGUCUUCAGUGAAGAGCAUAAAUGCCCAGUGGAUGAGAGAGAGCAAUUGGAGGAAACCUUGCCCUUGAUUUUGGGGCUCAUCUUGGGCCUCGUCAUCGUGGUAACGCUUGCGAUUUACCACAUCCACCACAAAAUGACUGCCAACCAGGUGCAGAUCCCUAGGGACCGAUCCCAGUAUAAGCACAUGGGCUAGGGGUGACCAGGCAGGCAGCCCCCAAACCCUCUCCCUCAACUGGAUCAGGUAGAACAAGAGCACUUUUCCACCUCAUACACGGGAUACACCAACAUAGCUACAAUCAAACAGGCCUGGGUAUCCGAGGCUUGCUUGGCCUGCGCCCAUGCUUAAACCCAGGGAUCAGGGGAUUCUUUUGGAUUUAUGGGGUGAAUGGCAAUUGUUCUCUCCAUGCUGGGGAGUGGGGAAGGAGGGGCACAGCCAGCUUUCAUGCUCAUGGAGGCUUGGCUUUGACUCUCCAAGGAGCCACAAAUGCCACUUGGAGUGGUAUCUGGCCCCAAAGUUUAUGGACUGAAACCAUACUUCUUUUGGGAGGAAACCCCUUUUUUGGUUCAGAGGACUAGGGGGUGGUUUGCUCCCUUGGACACAGCUGGCUUACCCUAUACAGUUGUCAGCGCACACAAGUACAACCUCAUGCUCCCUACAGUAAGACCCCUGAAAGUGACCCACGCUUCUGGCUGGCAUUCUGCAUGUCUAGUGAUUGUCUUGGGAAUGUUUCUCUGCUACCCGCACCCAGUGAACUUUGCAGCGCAAGAACCCGUUAAAUGUAACUAUGCAGAGUCGUUUGGACUUCAUAAUGUGCCAGGUCCAAAUAAGGUGACCUGAAGAAUCAAUCCAUGUGAGUUUGUUUUUCCAAAUGAAUUAAAACACACUACUCUCUG